CGAGGAUGACCAGGACCAGGCGCCAGAUGAUGCACCCCUACGCACAAAUAAUCUUGACUGUCUUUCUUCUCAUUCCCUGAGCAGCGGGACACAGAGACAGUGGACAGAGUGAUGGAUCUGCUGAACAGGACAGACCCCAGCAGUGUGAGCCUGGAUGAAGUUAAAGCUGACCAGAUCCUCAGCCUCACCCACAACAUGCUGCUGUUCAUCAGCUCACAGACCCCUUUAAUCAGGAAACUCACCCACAGUUAUUUCAGCCAGGUGUAUCUGGAUCCAGAGACGUCCCACCCAAAGCUGGUCAUCUCCCCCCAGGGUGACAGUGCCACCUAUACCGACACCUGGCAACAACUCCCGGACCUCCCUGGACGCUUUGAUACCACCCUCAAUGUCAUCAGCGUGCAAGGAUUCAGCUGUGGUCGCCAUUACUGGGAGAUUGAUGUGAGUGAGAAGACAUACUGGGAGCUAGGCGUCACUUAUCCCAGCAUUCCCCGAAAGGGCAACACAGAGGACUGCUGGCUGGGCCGGGGGGUUGAGUCCUGGUGCGUGGAGUUCUUUGAUGGGGAGUAUACAGCCUGGCACGGAGGGUUGCCCCAUCAGCUGCCUUUCACGAAACGCUUCAGCCGGAUUGGUGUUCUGUGUAGUUUCCCCGCAGGAUUGGUGACGUUUCUUGAGGUGGAGAACAUGACUCCGCUGUUCUCCUUCUGUGCAGGAACUUUCUCAGACUGCCUCCACCUGGCCGUGUGUCCGGGUCAUGACCACAAGGGCGCCAAUGCUAAUCCUAUUGUGAUCUGUAAUGCUUCAUCUCCUACUAGUGAUCAAGGAUGAGUGGCUCCACACAUUUAUUUUACGUAAUUCCUUGCUGAGGCAUCACUUUCCAAUUAUUUACUAAUUAUAAAGGUUUAUAAGUUAUUGGUAGAGGUCAAUGUUUUUUCCUAAUUCAUUUGUUAUAAAAUUAUGAGUUUACUAAAUGUUUCAUGUUAAACGAGGAUAGACAUAAUCUAUAAAACAUUAAGUUCUUCAUUGACAUAUAUUAAAGCUAUUAGUUAUAAAACCCUUUAUAAAGGGGGCCUCAAUAGAAAGGGGUACUCUUGCUGAUACUAAAACCCUAUUUUAAAUAAUGGAAUAUAUUUCACAUGACAAACAGAUACAAUGUGGUAAAAAUGUCAAGUAGGAUUACAGCUCCUUAUAUACAUUAUUUUUGAACAAGAUCUCACUGCACAUUACAUUUAAUAAACUAAGAGAAAGGAUCAUAUUGAAGCAUAUUUAGUUAACAUAGUAUUUCUUUAUAACAAGUCUUGUUUAAAAAAGGUGACUUGAAAGUCAUAAAAGUUGGUGAUAAUUGUAUAUAAGUGAUCAUUUUGAUUGUGAGUACACUGUAAGGAAUACACUUUACUGAUUUUCUAUGUUGUACGAGAUCUAAAACUUAUCCUGAAAUGCACUGAGUUUAUUUACAUUCAAA